AUAUUGUCAUCGGUGAUGUUCAAUUUUGUCAUGGAUUAUCACAAUUUAUCGAUUUAUAUAAAAAAUCAAGAAGACUCAGUCUAUCUCACGCGUCAAAUUUCUUGAAUCAUUCCAGUUGGUCAGAAGCUUGGUUUUUAGACAGUAAUAUUGACGAUAAAACUUCUGUCGGAUAUAUAAACGAAGACCAUCAACAUCAUGAUUAUCAUCAGCAAUUGUCAAUAAUGGCGCAUCAUCAGGCAAAUAAUAAUUCGAAUGUCGCGAAAUCUCCGAUCCAUUUAUUGAAUCCACAUCAACAUGAAUCUGUUGCUAAAGAAAUCUAUGAAUUACAACGCCAAUCAUCUAUACGGAAAAGAACAGCAGAACUUGAUUUAUCAUCUUCGAUGAUGAUAGGCAAUAAACAUCGUCGUACACUAACGCAAGAAAAUGAUCGAUAUCUUCAAGUAAUGGGUACCGUUCCUGAGACUCAUAAUGUUAUGGUCGAAAGUGAUCCUAAUAAUCAUCAACAGUAUUUGAACACUAAUUAA